CCAUCCAAACGACACGCCCCUCCGUCCCCAGAUCCGCCCGAGUGAGGCGGUUGCUGGAAUGGCCAGCCAUCGCCCUGCUCCUCCUUUCUCCACCAUUGAAGAGGGCAACGGAUUGGCCCACCCAAGCGGCACGCCCCUCUGUCCCCAGAUCCGCCCAAGUGAGGCGGUUGCUGGAAUGGCCAGCCAUCGCCCUGCUCCUCGUUUCUCCACCAUUGAAGAGGGCAACGGAUUGGCCCACCCAAGCGGCACGCCCCUCCGUCCCCAGAUCUGCCCAAGUGAGGCGGUUGCUGGAAUGGCCAGCCAUCGCCCUGCUCCUCCUUUCUUCACCAUUGAAGAGGGCAACGGAUUGGCCCACCCAAGCGGCACGCCCCUCUGUCCCCAGAUCCACCCAAGUGAGGCGGUUGCUGGAAUGGCCAGCCAUCGCCGCAGGGUGCAAUUCCUUACCCAGAUCCAUGCCGUCGAGAAGGGUGACGGACUUGCCCACCCGCAUGGCAUGUGUGUUCAUCCCCAGAUCCAGGCCGGUGAGGAGGUUGGUGCCGUCGGAACGGCCAGCCACCGCUACAACACACACCUCUUUUCUGAGAUCCACCCCAUUGAGGAGGACAACGGAUUGGCCCACCCACGCGGCACGCCUCUUCGUCCUCAGAUCCACCCAAGUGAAGAGGUUGGUGGAAUGGCCAGCCACCGCCGCAGCGCAUGCCUCCUUUCCCAGAUCCACACCAUCGAGGAGUGUGACGAACUUGCCCACCCAUGUGGCAUGUGCGUCAGUCCCCAGAUCCAGGCUGGUGAGGAGGAUAUUGGAACAACUCGUCGCAGACGUCAACGCCACCGCGGCACCUCGUCGGAGGCACCCUCCUCCCUGCCGGACAACGAUGAUAUACUCAGGGAGAUCUUUCUCCGCCUCCCCUCAGACCUGUACUCAUAUCCCCGAGCGUCUGCCAUCUGCAAGCGCUGGCGAGGCCUCCUCAUCGACCCCAAGUUCCUCUGCCAGUUCUACGCACACCACCGCAAGCCGCCGCUCCUCGGCAUCUUCGAGAACUGCAGCAAGGAAGGUAUGGUGUUCACCCCCAUUCCGCCCCUAGUUGCCGACUACAUCUCUCCGGAGCGCUUCUCCCUUGGACGUCCCCGACUUACCUAUGUGCUCGACUGCCGCCACGGUCGCGUACUUAUCGAAGACCUGGAGCAGAAAUACCUCAUUGUGUGCGACCCCAUCACAAGUGAGAAGUGUCGCGUGGCUCUUCCAUGCAAGUUCAAGUGGAGCUUUGUCGGAGCGGUGCUCUGCACAGCCGGCUACAAGGGGCCCUCCAGCCCCUUCAAGGUGGUAUUGGUGUCCUGGGAUGGCGUGGAUAAUCAACUCCUCGCCUACGUUUACUCCUCGAUGACUGACACAUGGGGCAAUCUCAUAUCAGUUGAGGCUCCAGAUAAUACUUAUUUUCAUGGUUGUCGUAGCACCCUCGUUGGCAAUGUCCUUUACUGGCCAGUUAUGAAUGGGAGAGGUACAAUACUUGAGUUUGAUUUGGACAGCCAGAACCUUACCAUGAUCAAGGGGCCUCCUGGUAUGAAUGAUACUGGCAACUUUCAGAUCAUCCAGGCAGAGGAUGGCGCCGUUGGUCUUGCCAUGUUGUCCUAUCAUAACCUUCAAAUGUGGCAGAGGAAGGUCAAUUGUCAAGGUGUUUGCAUAUGGUUGUUGCAGAAAACGGUUUCAUUGCACAAGCUUCUUAAGAUCCCUCCUCGGGGCAAUAAAAGGAUGAAAUGGCAGGACAAAUUUCUGGGCUAUGAAGAGGAUAACGAUGUAAUCUUUUUAUAUAGAUACGAAAGUGUCUAUAUGGUUCAACUCAAGUCAAUGCAAUUCAGGAAAUUUAAUGGAACCCGUUCCAGGGAGUAUAGGGAGUGUUGUUAUCCUUUCACGGGUUUCUUCCCACCAGGCACAACCAUUACUAGUGGAUGUAAAGAAGCUGAAAUGUUAGGAUGACUGCCUGGUUCGAUAUUUUAAUGUGCUGAAAUGGUUCAACAGGUGAAGAAAGGGCUGCUGCAGGAGUUAGUUGUCACUUUGUCACAUCACAUCAAUGUGGUCAGCGGUGUUUAUAUGUUAUCUGAAUUUUUUUACCGUGGCUUUUAGUCUAGCUAAGCUCCUAAGAAUAGCCAACCCAGGGAGUUUGAGCUUCCCAAGUCAGAUUUCAAGAUGUUUUUACUGCUGGGUUGUGCUUGGCUGCUCUUCUCUCGAGCCAAAAGAGUUUUGUGUAGUGCUGAGAGUUUUUGAGAUGUCGUUUAAAUGACUGAUGCUGAAGGAACUAGAACCCUGAAACUCAGAUUGUUGAUGUUGGCUGCUGCUACUUGCUAAAAUUGUGGUGGUGUUCUUAGUUUCCUGUGAUGGCCUGUCGUUUCUGUGAUUGUUUGUUUUUGUUAGGUUUGUUUUGGUUUCGUUUGCAUGUUUGUACGCCGACUCUUAACUAAAUAUAGCUGAAACCAGGAAUGUCAACCGA